AUGACACGGAGACAGGACCAGGAUCUUGAAGGUCUGGAAAACACUCCAGCCCCGAGGUUCCUCAAAACUCACUUGCCUGUGUCUCUGGUCCCCCAGAGCUUGCUGGAUGAAGGUCAAGGAGGAAAUUCCCAGUGUGCUGUGAAGAGUGACAGGAACACGGGAUGGGUGAUCUACAUUGCCCAAAACACAAAGGAUGUGGUUGUCUCCUAUUAUAACUUCUACAAAAUGACAAAGCUGCACCCUGAUCCAGGCACCUGGGACAGCUUCUUGGAGAACUUCAUGGAUGGGAAAAGCGGUGUCCUAUGGGUCGUGAAGGAGUGGUGGGAGCUGAGACACACUCACCCUGUUCUCUAUCUCUUCUAUGAAGACAUGAAGGAGAACUCCAAAAGGGAGAUGAGGAAGAUUCUGGGGUCUUUGAGAUGCUCCCUGCCUGAGGAGGUCAGCGACCUCAUCGUCUAUCACACAUCCUUGAAGGAAAUGAAGGAGCACCUCUUGACUACACCACUCUCCUAUCACCACAUGGACUGCUCAGUUUCCCCUUUCAGGUGGAAAGGUCUGAGUGACGACUUGAGUAGUUACUGCAGACAACUGUUAACAGCAUUGUAACAAGACCUUGGGAGUAAAGGAGAAUGUCUUCCACCUACCGCUUCUCUGACAGGUCAGGAAAACCCUAACUGA